CAAAUUAAACUUUAACGAAGCAGCAAUGUUAUAUACAUGUAGAGUGUUGAGGUCGCCGAAUUUAAGAACAAGAAUAUCAAAGAUUUAGAUAAAAGUUUGACCUCUAACAUACUUCGCCGUGUUAUCAUAAAUUCUUCGAUACUAUGGAAAGACCGGCUUCUGGUAGGAGAAAUGGGAAAUGUACAGCGAAUCAUUGAGUAACGAAAGAGAGAGAAAUGAAAAAAUGAAUCGUUUUCUCCCCACCACAUAACGAAAACUGUAUGAUCGUUAAUGCACGAUGUUCAAGAGGGAUCGUCGUCGCAUGUAUUGCAGUUUCGACAAGGAUAAAGAAAAAAGGAAAGGUCUUCCAACGAAUGACAGCGCGCAAAACCGAUCACGCGGCUGAGCCAGGAGGUGCAGUUUCGGUCGGUGUCAGACACCGUGCAUGUGUACGUGUAUGUAUCGCGGUAGUAUCUCACAACAAAUAUGUCGUCGUGGUGGGGAGUACGUUUUCCCGUUCGUCGUUUCGCAUAUUUCUUCCCCCGCAUUAUUAUCAUGUAGUUCGGCAUAGGUGAACUCUUGCGUGGUUUGUUUCCUCGACAGAGAAAAGAAACACAGGUGUGUAUGCGUGUCCUACGUGCAAGUACUGUGCUGAUACGAUUGUUAGUUAAGGAAGAAGUUAUCCGCAUGAAAGGCCGACGAGGAUCGUCUCCUACUCGAAGAUAAAGUGCGAUGAGAACGAUGAGCGCGAGUUAGUUCUCUUUCUCGGUAAUUAGAACGAUUAUUUAAUCAUGUCCAAUUCGCGAGGAACCAGAGAGGAUCGUGGGCAGCCAACGGCGUGAGUCUCGCGAUUAACGGACGGCCUGACACGGAAAGACGGAAGAAAAAAGGGACGGAAGGAAGAGGAGGGUAGCAGGGUAGCAAGAUGGCGGGGUCCUUAACGUGGUCGUGUACUUGUUGCCUGCGGUUCAAGUUCAGCCCCGAGGAGAUCGAGCAGCGUUACAAAAGUCAGGAGAUCGAUCGGAUGCUGGAGAAAGAUCGUCAGGCUCUCCGACGACAGGUCAAGCUGCUGCUCCUCGGGGCGGGCGAGAGCGGAAAGUCGACAUUCCUUAAACAGAUGCGAAUUAUUCACGGAAUUAAGUUCGAGCCUGAAUUGAUCAAAGAAUACCAACAUGUAAUUUAUCAAAAUAUAAUAAAAGGAAUGAAGGUAUUGGUCGAUGCUCGUGACAAGUUGAAUAUUCCAUGGGAAAACCCUAAAAACUAUGAUAUUGGUUAUCAGUUACUGAAAUUUGAAAAUACUAUGGUAUUAGAUGCUAGGUUAUUUCUUCAUUACGUGCCAGCUUUACGAAGUUUAUGGGAAGAUGCGUCGAUCAAAAAAGCCUUUGAUAGACGGAGAGAAUUUCAAUUAAGUGAUUCGGUUCAAUAUUUCUUGGAUAGUCUUGACAGGAUUGCGAGGACGGACUAUGUACCCACACAUCAGGAUAUCUUACAUUGUAGGAAAGCUACAAAAGGAAUUUCAGAAUUUGUUAUACAAAUUAAUAAUAUCCCCUUUUUGUUUGUUGAUGUGGGUGGACAAAGAUCUCAAAGACAAAAGUGGUAUCAAUGUUUUGAUUGUGUUACUUCUAUACUUUUUCUUGUGUCAUCGUCUGAAUUUGAUCAAGUACUAUUGGAAGAUAGGAGAACCAAUCGAUUGGAGGAAUCGAGAAAUAUCUUUGACACAAUAGUUAAUAAUAUGAUAUUUGGUGGAGUGUCUAUCAUCUUGUUUUUGAAUAAAACUGAUUUGUUAGACAAAAAAGUAAGAUCACCUGAUACAAAUGUUCGCUGGUACUUUUCACAGUUCACAGGAGAUUCACAUUCUAUGAAGGAUGUGCAAAAUUUUAUUUUGGAAAUGUUUAUAUCUGUCAAAAGGGACCCGAGAAAGUCCCUAUUUCAUCACUUUACUACUGCAGUGGACACAGAAAACAUAAAAGUUGUAUUUAAUGCUGUCAAAGAUACAAUAUUGCAUAGAAAUUUGGAAUCGCUGAUGCUCCAAUAAUAAUAGCUCUAUGUAUAUAUAUACAUAUAUAUAUAUAAAAAGUGAAACUACUUCCGAUCCGAAGGUAUGCAUUCAACAUUUAGUGUUUGAAAUAUAGUAAACUAAAGUUAUAGUUCGUGUAAGGAUUAGGACAUUAAUUAGAAAAAAAUGUUCUGGUAAGACAA